AUGUUGAUGAAAACAGCUGUGACGACCCUUUUGGGUCUGGCCAUGGUUGCCGAGGCGGCAACUGUCCACCACUACAGAUCUCCCAUUGCUCUGGAACGGCGACAGAACAGGGGUGGCCGGUUCCGUGGCGGCAACAACGGCGGCAACAAUGGCGGUAACAACGGAGGCAACAAUGGUCAGAACAACGGCGGCAACAACGGCGGCAACAACGGUGGCAACAACGGAGGAAACAACGGCGGCAACAAUGGUGCCUCCAACACCUGCCUGGCUGCGAACGCCGUUCAGACCGGCUCGGCAUCAACCGGCCAGGAUGGUGGCGACGUCGCCGAUGGUCAGGUCAACUCCGCCACUGACGAAGCCAACUUCAUCAACUUCUGUUCCGGCGAGACCUUGACCAACGGCCUGCAGAACCGCGAUGGUUCCUGCAACGGUAUCCCCAUGGGCAAGAUUCCCUCCGUGGAUAGAAUGGUCUCGGCGGUCAUUGUCAACCCCAAGAACGGUGACGACCUCCAGCCGCUAACCACCUUCGAAAUUGAGGUCAACCUUGCCAACAUGCAGCUGGGUGCAUUCACCAACGCCGCAAGCACCUACUAUUCGGCUCCUCAGGACCUCAACGGACAGGGCCAGAUCAUCGGCCACACCCACGUCACUGUCCAGGACACCGGCAACACCAUGAACCCUACCCAGCCUCUCGACGCCAAGCAGUUUGCCUUCUUCAAAGGCAUCAAUGACGCCGGAAACGGCCAGGGUCGUUUGACUGCCGAAGUGACUGGCGGUCUGCCGACCGGCUGCUACCGUGUCUGCACCAUGUCCAGCGCCUCCAACCACCAGCCUGUGCUGAUGCCUGUCGCCCAACGUGGCUCGCAAGAGGAUUGCCGUUACUUUAGCAUCGGCGGUGCCUGCGGCAAUGGCGGCGGCAACAACGGCGGCAACAAUGGCGGCAACAACGGUGGUAACAAUGGCCAGAACAACGGCGGCAACAACGGUGGCAACAACGGUGGUAACAAUGGCCAGAACAACGGCGGCAACAACGGUCAGAACAACGGCGGCAACAACGGUCAGAACAACGGCGGCAACAACGGUCAGAACAACGGCGGCAACAACGGUCAGAACAACGGCGGCAACAACGGUGGCAACAACGGCCAGAACAACGGCGGCCAGGGCCAGGGCGGCAACGGCGGGAACAACGCCGGUCAAGGUCAGGGCAACAACGCUGGUCAGGGCCAGGGCAACAACGCCGGUCAAGGUCAGGGUGGCCAAGGCGGUAACGGUGGUCAAGGCCAAGGCGGUAACAACAACAAUGGCGGUCAAGGCCAGGGCGGUAACAACAACAAUGGUGGUCAAGGCCAGGGCGGUAACAACAUCAACGGCGGUCAGGGCCAGGGCGGCAACGGUGGUCAAGGCCAGGGCGGCAACGGCGGCAGGGGUGGCCAGAACGCCAAUGCUAUCGGCGGCGCAGCUCCCGCGGUUGAGGACACCGGCGAUGCCCAACGCCCGUUCCGUGUCAAUGGCAACACCUUCGCCACCAAGGGCGCUGCCGUUCAGCGCGCCUGCGCCAUCCAGAACAACGCCUGUGCCGACGCCGUCAACGGUGGGCAAGCUCCGGGCCAGACCAUUGCCGCCUGCAACCAGCAAGAAGCAGCAUGCCGGCAAGCUGGGGGCGCCUAA